AUGACCCGCUCCAUCCCCAAACCCCUCAUACCCCUUCUCAACCCGACUUCCUACCCCUCAUUACCGCCCCUGGCCGACUUGGAGACGAUCAGGUCGGCGUUACUGGAUUACUCGUCAUUGAUCCCUUCUUCUUCACAAUCACAAGCACAAUCACAGGCAGGGAUAGAGGAGCUGAGGAAGAGCAAGAAGCGGAAAGAGAGGGAGGAUGAAGAGCGGGCUGAAAGCGAACGGCUAGCCAAGGAGAAUGGAGAACGGGAGAGGGAGAGGGAAGGGGAACGAGAGAGGGAGAGGGUGGAAGCGCUGGAAAGAUCCAAGAUGAUGGGGCAGCAAGGGGGCAAGAAGAAGGGUCUGAUGGGCGUUGGGGGCAAGGGCAGUCCAGGGGUCAAGGUGAAGCGCGAGCGGACUAGCUUGAGUCCAGCACCGUCAAACGCCUCGACAUCAUCUUUCAAACCGCCAAUGUCGCAACCACAUACAUACGCCUCAUCACAAACCAAAAAGAAGAAGAUCAAACGCGUGAUUGAUUCCGACGACGAAACGCCCUCCAUUCCCCUCUCUCAAACCCAAUCCCACUCUGGGUCAAAUAGGCCAGUACAGCCCUCGCCACCAAAGACGACACCGACGACGUCGGCAUUGAAAUUGAAAUUGUCGCAUCCACAAGCAAAGAGGCCGGUAGACUACUCGCCAACACCGGCGCCGCCUACAGGCCCUGGUGCGCAUAUCGACUUUUCCCUACCACCUGCGCCUUCUCGUCCGCUGAUCCCCCACCGCUCUGGUCCAAGGGAAGCGCCCAAGCCAGGGCCAAAGAAGCAAUCGGAAGUCGACGACGACUAUUCAAACAAAAAGGCGCCGAAUCAAGUCGCUUUCCCUACCUUUUGGUCGUUUGUCGAGCCAUAUCUGCGUGAUGUCCGAGAAGAUGACCUGGCCAUGCUGGGGUUCAAGACGGACCCGCCCGAGGCGUACCAAGUGCCAAACAGGGGCCGGCAUUAUACCGAAGUGUGGGAUGAAGAAGACGGGAAUCCGCCAGGGACGAGGACAAGGAUGGGGGUACCGAAUCUCAGACAGCAGCAGUUGGCGCAGAUGCGCAAAGCGGGCGGACUGAAUCAACCGCAUUUCGUACCGUCGGCAGAGAUGAGGGAUGAGAAUCUGGUAGAUGAGCAGCGUGGACUGGGGGCGUUGACGGAGAGGGUUGUGGCGGCUGUGGUGGGGACGGCGGUAGAUCGGGAAAAAGAGAGAGAGAGGCAGAGGCGGGAGAAGGAAGAUGGGGGCGUAGAAGAUUCGGGGCUCGAGCCUGCACGGGUGGACGUCUUGGAUUUGGAAGAGAGGAUGAAGAAGGAGCUGCGCGCAGUCAUGUUGCUAGGUGAACACGAAGAUUUCGACCCGAACAACAGAGACGACGACGAAGUGUCUUCAGCGCUGCGGCAAUGCCAACGGCUGCUCGCUCACCAAACCUCGCUGAACGACGCGCGCAAAGCCCGGCUCGUCGAGCUCUCCAAGCAGCGUCUCGCAUAUACCGAAUACCGCGCUGCACUAGACGGGAUUGAAAAGAGUAUAGAAGAAGCGUGGGCGAAGCGGAUCAAAAAGUACGGUCUCUCGCCCAAAAAGCACCCGCAUCCUCCGACGGUGGAAGGGUCGUAUGGCACAAUCAUUGGCGAGCAUGGAGAGGUCGUCCAUCUGAACGCGUCGGGCCGUCCACCAGUGCCGGAUUCUGUCAAGCGGCUAGUGGAGACGAGAAAGGGGUGGAUCGGAAGUGUGGGGCAGGUGAUCAAGGAGAGACCGAGAGGAGAAAUGGUGGGGAUUCCUGGAUCAAGUGUCUUUGAGGGAGUCGGGACGGACAGAAAUGACGAUGCGAAAGAGACGAGUCAGGAAAGUGUAUAG